AACCUGCACACACUCAAUCGCUCAAUCGCUCGAUAUUCCAGGGUAUCGCAGGCGCUGGCAGAUAUUCCAAUGUCGAAUACAUGUGGUCACUACCCGUCUGGUAGUUUUACGCGAUUGGCACCGUCGUCGCACCUGGAAUAGGAAACACAUUUUAUGUUUAUGAAGAGGUCGAAUAGGAUACUAGUUGGGCACAAUUCAUAAAAGCGGUCGAAUAUAGUGUGCCUCCGAGCGUCUCACGCGAGCUAGUUCUACUACUACAUGGUUUCCAAGUCAACUACAAUAGGUUUUACACAGGCUUUUUCUAGGCGUUCACAUAUGCUAUUGUCGAUUGAAGAAGGACUCAGGAUUUGAAUGGGAUAACGCCGACCUUGAACAAAACGGAGAGCAAGUCUCAAGAACAAUAAGGAGUUUGACGUGAUCCUAUAAAAUACCUCUUCAUCAUCAUCGCGCUAUCUCUAAAUCAAUAUCAUGCUCCCCUCAAUCCCGUUUUAUCCCUCCUUUUUUGAUCACCUUCGGCGGUUGGCCUUAGAAUUCAGAAGAGAAGAUCAUGCCCAUGCAAAUAAAUUAAUCAAGACCGAAAAUGCAGACAUAACUUCCCUGAUCGACACCAGCAUACUUGAUUCGCUUUCCGUCCGAAACGACCCACCCACACCGGAUGAAGCCGACACUUUACGAUCUCAAUGUCGAAUCGGUUCCAGCACUAUAAAAUCUCUCGAUGCAGAAAUUGACCAGCUACGGACCAGGUCAAUGGAACUGCGGCAGACGAGAGAACAGUGGGGGGGACGGAUGACAGCCUCCAUGAGGGUACUUCAUCCCAUUCGUCUCCUCUCUGACGAGAUGUUAGCCAUUGUCUUUCGGUUCUGUGUAGAUGAAGACAUUCGAACCGAAGAACUCAUGGCGAAUCUUGAUCCCCUCGACGACUGUUCACCGCCGACACUUGACGUCACCAAGUCACCUUGGGUGUUGGGUCAGGUCUGCCGUAGAUGGAGGAGGGUAGCUCUGUCGACUCCUCGCCUUUGGAAUAUGGUCGAGAUCAAUUUCCAACGUGCGAAGGGUCCAAUCAUCGGACCACAUCUAUUCUUUACGCAUCAUCUUCUACCACUGCGGCUUGCACGAGUCCAAAAUCAACCGCUUUCCAUAUCAUUAAACUUGCCAACAUCGGAUGGCAACAUAAUCCCUCCGAUUCUAUGGUCGAAGUUAUCCCAAUGGAAAAACCUUACCAUCCGUUCUCCUAUGUUGUACUUUGGCUACCUUACGCGUUGCGCAAACAGGCUGUCGAAUCUAUCAUGUCUUCACCUCCACUUCAAACUUCCUCCGCAGGAUGAGAUACCCAACCACCGCUUUGGUAUUUAUGGCAUUUUUCAGAACACUCCAAAUCUCCGUCAGCUCACAUUGUCCGGAAACGUGGAGUCCAUGUCUUUCCUCUCCAUGGAAUUUCCGUGGAAGCAGAUAACCUAUUUCACGACGAGAAAUAUCAUUCCACCCUGCCAUUCAUCCGCCGUAUUCCGCACCGACUUUUAUUUCCAGAUCUUGCCUCUUCUGAAGAACGUACAAGAAUGUAGUUUAGUGCCGAUAUCGUUCCAUACGGAAACCUAUCGUUCUUUAACUCUUCCCAAACUCCACCGUCUCGUCUUCACGGGACCGAAGCAUGGCAUUGCCACCUUGACUGACUAUCUCGACCUCCCGGCCCUGCGAAGCCUCCGUUUCGACAACCUCGCACUUCCAGAAAUCCGUAUCUGCCCCAUCCGUCAUCGGGUCAACUCGAGGAGCUUAUUCUUGAUGAUAUCGACCUCGAUCCCAAAGAGGUCGCCGGAAUGCUCCAAUCAUCCUAUCUGCGAAGUGUUCACACAGUCAGGCUUCCUCCUGGUGUAG